AUGUGGCCCAUGAUGCUAAUCGUCGUGUACGCUUCAGUGCUCACCACAAAAGAAUUGAUAUACUACGCUGACUUUGAGCAUCCAAACGUCACGUACAGGAAUCCUAAAUACGUGGACUACGUGACCAUAACAGCCCAGAGAUACAGCCGUCGAGACCCCAUCCACUACUUAAACUUUCGUGCAAAAAUCUUAACUACCUUUGGGAACGACAUGGCACUAACCCUUGACUUCUACGAGUUCCUGAGUAACGAAUAUCGCCCCAGCAUGUUAGUGAUGCGCUUCAGGAUUUGCGAUUUUUUUUCAGAUCAUAAAUAUGACGUAUUUAAGCCUUUCUACAUGAAAUAUUUUAACGUCUCAUCUUGUCCGUUUCCAAAGGUAAGGCUGUAGAGGGUAUGAGGGUAUGAAUUUGGGGAACGGCGAGCGUCUAGCGGCGCGUUUGGCGGGGCGUACAGUGUGGCAUUAGCUUCCAAGGGAUUUGAAUGGCUUGCGGUGAGGCCUCUCGCAUUUUUUUAACACGCUAGCUAAGCUACCGGUCGCCUUAAUCGCGGCCCCGAAACCUGGCCCCGCUCAAACGGUAUCACCAGGCUAGGGGUCGUGGGGUUGGGUAACGAUCGGUAGUGAAGAGCUGGCCUUCACCAGCUGCACACACGUCCACAAAAUGACGUAGAAUGACCUCCCCACAUCGGUGGAAAGCGACCGGCUCCAACCGUAACAGCCUAACAGCGAACACGUUAUACCCUAAUUCAUAAUUAAAUUCCAUCAAUUCUACCACUGUGUUGCAAGUAAAAUGAAACUUCCAUAAAUAGUAAAUAUAUUAUUGGCGAAA